AUGGCGGGAUUUCUGGAGGUGGAAAGCUUUUCACAGAAAGAAAAUUCUAUAGUGUCUGGUAGGGAAUAUUCACCGGGGGCUCUCAUCGGAAUGGCCUACCUUUGGAACAUAAUUUUAACUUUGUUCCAUUUCGCAACUGCUAAUGCGUACAAAGAUGUUUGUCACUUGACUUACAAUAUGUUCCUGGAACAAUUAGCAGACAGUCGUGAUAUUGCACGACCGAGGCGGAUAAACGUAACGGACACCUGUAACGAAGAUAGGCCAGGUCGACAGAACCUAAGUCACAAACCUCCGAAAAAGCGAUCAGAACGGACAGGGGAUUCGGGACCUGCGCAACUUACCCGACGACUUUGUGAGAACAGAAGAACCUUGUGUCCUUGGGUUGACCAUGCUCGUAGCAAAGAGGCAACCACAAGCAUUUUACUAGACCUUCGAGGACAGCCAAAACGAGUCCAUCCGUAUUCAGAAAUCCUGCUGACUGUAGUGACAUCCACAUCAUCCUCUGGUAAUUCAGCUCCCAACAAAAUAUGGUCCCUUGGUCCACCGGUAACCAAAUCGGGUUCCAAACCACGGAUCCUUCGUGAAGAAGUUAUUUCUCCUGAACUUGAUGUGGACUGUGUCAGAAGCGUAUCAAGUGUGCGUUCCAUAUUCUCUAAUCCGAUGUCCCCACCAGACCCGACCAAUGCUUCUGCUACAUCAAUGGUCAACGACUGA